AUGGCAGAUUAUGGAUCCGGCUCGUGGGCUGACGGGCUGGCGGAAAAUGCAAAGAAGGUGCUGUUGAAGUUGUUGGUAGACCAGCCAAUAGUUACGAAAAAUUUGAAAUUAAAUCAACCGACUAUUAUGGUGUUAACUCUUUGGAUGGUGGCCUGUAUUCAGAUAAAUUCAAUAUACAAAUCGAAACUAGCCUCACUAAUGAUGAAUCCAGCGGAGAAAAAAAUACAAAAUUUCAACGAAUUGAUGAACAAAAAUUAUAAGAUUUUGGUCAAUCAUGAGCAGCAUAAGACACUUCCAGACAUAUUAAGUCACUCAUAUGGAAUCGAUAUGUCCGACAGGUAUGUCAUGUGGACGGGAACUUUAUGUCAAGCCAUUGAAUACACAAGACAUCAAAAGGUAGCAAUUGUAGCUGAACAAUCAGAAUUGCUUUACAGUAUCAGACAAAUUUGCAAAAAACAGUUUCAAUUUGGUGACAGUUUUAAGAUUAUCGAAACACCCAUAGGGCAGUCUCCCUUAGGGUGGGCAUUUGAAGCAGGAGCUCCGUAUUUGCCUGCUAUCCAUAAACAAAUAUUGAAAAUGGUUCAGGGUAUUUAUACAGGUAAAUUAUUUUAUAUGUUUAAAUGCAAAUAUUUAUUUCUAGGAGGUAUCAUCAGAAAAUUUGAAGAAGAUCUUCACUAUCUGGAAAAAUUGAAAAGAAUUAGAAACGAAAUUGGAGAAUCUUCUUCCCAACUUUGUUUUCAUUCUUAUAUUUCUUAUUGUGUUACAUAUUUUUGA